AAACUUAAAAUUUUAAUUAUUAUGAUGGAAUAAUUACAUGAUGAAUAAUGUUUAAAUAAUUUGGAAGUAUCUAGAUAAUAUCUAGAGUACAUUGGUUUAUCAAUAUGUUAGGGACAUAUUAUCUAAGAAAGUAUAAAAUCAUGAUACUUUUGAGUAUACUGUUUUUCUAUCUAGGUUGUGGUAUAACUCUUAGUUUUAUACGAAUGGAUUGCGUAGCUGCUUCACAGCAAUUAGCAAAAGAAGCACCAAGUAAAUUUGACAAAAUAGAGUAUGCAGUGUUGGUUUUAAGUGGCCCAGGAUAUGAAGCAAAGAGAGAUGCUAUUAGGGCUACAUGGGCUAACUUUGUGGGAAAUAUUUUUAUUGAAAAUGAGGUGAAGUUGUAUAAAUGGAAUCAUACAUGGGUUGGAUACACUCCUCAACGAGAUUUUAUCAAAGUAUUCUUUGUUGUGGGGACUCAAGGUUUGAGUGGAGUAAAGUUGGAGAGAUUAAAAGCUGAACAUAUGAGAUCAGAUGAUUUACUUCUUCUAGAUAAUUUGGAAGAUAACUAUAAAAACCUUGCUGUAAAAUUAAAACAUUCCCUGCAAUGGGCACAUGCACAUUUAAAAUUUCUAAAGUAUUUAAUUAAAUGUGAUGAUGAUUCUUUCCUUCGGGUUGACUUGAUUGUUAAAGAUUUGGAAGCAUUUGCUCCAAACAUGAAUGACCCAGAAAUACAUAAACAUAUUACCAAAAAGCAUUCAUCAAAUGAGUAUAAAGGAUUAUACUGGGGUUAUUUUGAUGGACGUGCCAGAGUGUACCUUAAUGGGAAAUGGGAAGAAAAAGACUGGUUUCUUUGUGAUACCUACCUCCCAUAUGCUUUGGGAGGUGGGUAUAUUAUAUCCAAAAGUAUUGUGGAUUAUAUAGCUAGGAAUGCUGACUUUUUAAGUCAUUACAACUCCGAAGAUGUCUCAAUGGGUGUCUGGACAGCAGCCCUUGAAGGCAUCAACAGAGUACACGAUAUACGCUUUGAUACGCAAUGGAAGUCUAGAGGCUGCGAAAAUAAUAUGCUUGUGCGACACAAGCAAACACCCACCGACAUGUUUCAAAUGUAUAGAACACUGGUCCAUUCACAUGGGGAAAAAUUGUGUAAGACUGAAAAUGCUUUAAGGAAAUAUUACUUUUAUGACUGGAAUGUUUUACCGAGUAUGUGUUGUAAAUGAAUUGGGACCCAAAUAAUACUCAAUAAAAGAAAAAGUGCCUUUAUACGGCACUAAGCAUUAUACAUUCAAAUUUACCAAUGCAAUAACUUCUAUAUUACCAACAAAUUCAGACAUAGAAUAGAAGCACAGUUCUUAUGGGCGCUCUGAAGACAAAGUUUCUGUGACCCUAAUUGCCGCUUGGCGGUCUGGCAGUCGCGCCAACGUAUUCUAACUUAGGCUUUACUGAACAAUAAGCUACAGGAAGAAGAGAGAGCGAAAGAGACGGAAAUUCCCCCAGUUUAUCAUAACUACGAGAGCGAGAGAGACGAAGUUUCCCCCAGUGUAUCUUAACUACGAGAGCAAGAGAGACAGAGAACGACGCCAGCGCCGCCAAUUACGAAUUAAAUUGUGGGCAGGUCCCACUUGGAAUCGGCACAUGAAAUCCUUAACGUCUGCGCUUCUAUCCUAUGUCUGAAUUCGUUGAUAUUACUACCUACGUAUAUUUUUUUACUAUCGAAUAUACAGUCUAUUUUUUAUGGUGUCAAAAUGGUAGAUGUAAUAUGUCAAAGUCAGAAAACGUCAUGUCAAUAUCUCGUUUUUGACAUAACAUAUGAAACUCAUCAGGGUCAGACAAAUUGACUUUUCGACAGACAUAAUCCUCUAAAGCGCCCUGUAAACGAUCAAAUUUGUUUGUCAAAACUUCACGUUUUCAUCAAACAAUAGCUUAGACGAUCAAACCAAAUAUCAAACAAAUUUGUUAAAUUUCUAGUAGAUUCUGGUUUCUCCUUUCGUGACGUGACGUCGCCGUGCCGAGCGCUUACAAUGAGUAAUUCAGUUGACACAUUUUGGCAUUGACUCUAGCACUGUGUAUCAAGACAAAAAAAAGAAGACAAAAUUAAGAGAUAAAUUCUCUUGUUCUUGUCCAUAUAAUCUUUUUUUUUUUUUUUCAUAACAUCAUAUUACGAUAAACAGAUAUGAAAUGCAACGUAAAUUCUUUGUUCGUAAUAUUGCCACUCAUAUCGUCACUGAGCGUAGCGUCCUCCAUGAUGUCAAUACAACGAGUGAGAUCUUGUUUGACAAACACCGCCGUACACGUUCAAACCUGUUUGUCAAACUCGACAUCAAUCCAGAUUUUCAUCAAACAUUGUUGAUUGUUUGACAAACGCCUCAAACACAGCAAUACACUAUCAAAUAAUUUGACAAACAAUUUGAUCGUUUACAGGGCACAAAAACGAAUUUCUUUAAAAAUUACAUUUGGUCACGCUUUAUCACGUGACCAUACAAAUCCCUUUGGCGGUAGUGUCAUGCCUGUUGAAAUGUGAAUAAGUCUCAAGUCCCAAGAUUAAAUGUAAUAACAAAUACUUAAAAAUAUCUAUUUUGACAUUUCAUAAUGUUUAUCAACCUAGGAAGUCAAUUUGUUUAUGUGUAGAUUUAGCAAAAUAUUUUAUACAAAAACCUGUCAAAUAUCAGGAGUACUCUGUCUUUAGUGUUAAGUACCCUUAGCGUUUGAGAUUAAUAUAGCGGAAAGUUCUUUACGAUUUUUUACAUUUCAAAAUUGUUUGUUUUUUUAGCUGUCAAAAAUUGUUUGCAAUUAAUUACUUAAUAAUUUAGUUAACAUAAGUUUACUAUUGAUCUAAGUAGCCAAUACAUUAGUCGUUUCAUUGGAGAUUCAUUUAA